GAAACUGCAGAUAGUUUCAAAGCGGAAGCCUACGUCUGCAGAGCGCGCGGGUUCUACAGAGAACAGAGUUGUCUCACGCCGAACAAACCGAGCCGAUCAUACCGUAGUCCAUGGUUACUGGGUCGUAGACAGCUUCGCGGUCCACAGGGAGGCGAACCCCCGUUGGUCGUAGUCACUGAACAAAAAUGGAUUCGAUGCUGGAGGACGGGGAGCUGUCCGGGUCCGACUCCGAGAUGACCCCCUCCGUCCGCCCACCCCCAGCUGACCACUGCCUCCGGGCAGCUCCGCCCGUGGCCAGCGGGUACCGGAGCUCCGCCCGACCGGCGGCCUCCAGCGGGGAGGGCCGGGAGCUGUCCGGGUCAGACUCAAAGAUGACCUCCUCCGUCCGCCCGCCAGCCGCUGACAGCAGCUUCAGGCCCGCUCCGCCCGAGGCCAGCGGGUACCGGAGCUCCGCCCGACCGGCGGCCUCCAGCGGGGACUCCAGCGGGGAGGAGGAGGACGAUGAGCCCAUCGCCGCCUGGCGCUGCAAGCGGCAGAAGGUGUCCAACGCGGCUGUAGCCUCCCAGCGGCCCCCGCCGACCGCGGGCCUCGGCGGCCCCGAUGCGGCGGCCGGCCGGAAGGUGAACAACGUCUGGGGCAGCGUGGUGCAGGAACAGAGCCAGGACCUGGUGAUGGCUGGGCUGGGGGUGUUCGGCAUGGAGGGGGACUUCGACAUGGGGAGCCGCAACGUGGAGACCUACAACUACGUGCUGGCCCGCAAGAUGAUGGAGAAGGAGCGGCGGGAAGAGGAGGAGAAGGCCCGGGGGCAGCAGCACCAGGAGGCCGCCAUGCUGGACUCCCAGCUGGAGGACUACAUGCAAGCCCGUGGGGGCCACCAGGACCACUCGCGGCCCAAGAGGAAGCGGCCGGCCAAGGAGCGGCUGGGCCCGCGCGCGGAGAUGGACCUGGAGGGGCGCUACGAGCUGCGGGAGGAGGACCCGGAGCCGCGCGUGGUGGAGGAGCUCGCGCACCGCCUGCAGGAGCCCAAGCUCGACCUGCUGGAGCGCGUGGUGAGCGUACUUGGCCGCGGCCCCGCCAUCCGGCUGCUCGAGGAGACGGCCGCGCUGGAGCGCGCCGGGGGCGUGACUACGCUGGACGGCAGCCGUCGCCGCACCCCCGGGGGUGUGUACCUGCACCUGCUGAAGAGCUCCCCCGACGUGAGUCGCGCGCAGCUGCGCCAGGUGUUCCUCGAGGAGAACGCGGACCUGCGCAGGAGCAAGAAGGCGGCGCAGAAGAGGCGGCGCCACCUGGUGGCCAAGAAGAUGAAAAACGCGCUGAACACGCUGCACCUGCAGGAGGACCAGGAGUCCCGCGAGACCUUCGCCAGCGACACGCACGACGCGCUUGCCUCCCUGGGGGAGGAGCUGGAGGAGCCGGAGGAGGAGGAGCCGGAGGAGGAGGAGCCGGAGGAGGAGGAGGAGGAGCCAGAGGCAGUCGCCGUGGGAACGGAGGAGACGCCCGUGGUCUACAACCCUGCCGACCUGGAGGUGUUCUGAGGAGGGGUCACCAUGACAAAGCCACAGAGACUGUCCAAUCACAGCUGGGUCGCUCCCCGUCUGGGUCAACUCUCGAGACAUUUGGUUCGGUUCUUAUUCAAAAAGUUCCUUUGGCUCCUCCUCCUUAUUGGACUGACAGCAGAGUGUUUGAACGCGUCUAGAUUUUCUUUCUGUUGGUCUGACCCUGGUUUGAGCGGUGCUUCUCCCGGCCACUAGGUGGCGGAGAGCCCCCCUUUAAAGUUCCCUUUGGUAAAACGUCCACUCCUUUAAAUAAUAAAGGAAGAUUCUCUGA